AUGGCAGGAAAAUACUACAGUCCAUACGCCCCAAGGGGUCGCACCAACAACACGCUGGUCGUGGUCUGGGUCGGCGGCUUCCUCACCCUGCUGUUCCUGACGUACUGGAUCUCGACAAGACAUGCCGAUAAGGCGCGUCACUACGCCGACAAGUUUGCGCACCCGCCCAUGCCACAGUAG